CUCAGCCCGGUAGUAGCGUGGUUCAGUGUGAGCAGACACCAUUCUGACCCGGAGCUCUUCAGCAGAGUAUUUGCAGGGCGAAUUUACUUCAUCCUUGUGUACUAUGGCCCCGACAGGUGAGGUCGUGAUCGCCAGCGCCCCGCGGGUCUGCGCCGAGAACCGCCUGCGCUGGGACCUGAGCCCCGAGCAGAUCCGGCAGCUGGCCGACGAGCUGAUCGAGAGGACCAAGCGCGUGUACGACGCCGUGGGGGCCCUGGAGCUGGAGGCCGUCACCUACGACAACGCCCUGAAAGCGCUGGCCGACGUGGAGGUGGAGUACACAGUGCAGAGGAACGUGCUUGACUUCCCCCAGCAUGUGUCCUCCAACAAGGAGGUGCGGGAGGCCAGUACCGAGGCCGACAAGAAGCUGUCGGAGUUCGACGUGGAGAUGAGCAUGAGGGAGGACGUCUACAGGAGGAUCGUGGCUCUGCAGGAGAAGCUAGAUGCAGACAGCCUGCGCCCUGAAGCCAAAAGGUACAUGGAGAGACUGAUUAAGCUUGGGAAGAGGAAUGGGCUCCAUCUGCCCAAAGAGACGCAGGAGGAUAGGCCCUGGCUCCCCAAUAACCAUGAAUUGGAUAAAGUGAUUGGAAAAUGGAAGAAUUGA